AAACACACCAACUCCAGCAACACCACUCCAUGGCAGGUAACAAGCGAUCGUGGGAAGGCAAUCUUGUGAACACCGAGAAGACACAGACAAACAUGGCCGCAGCACCAGUCGAUCAGCCUUCUACACAUAUUCUCUCCAUGUUCGAGACCUUCCGCGACGAACUCGAUCAGCACCACGACCGCCGAGAACGAGUCAUAAAGACGAGCAGAGAUAUUACAGCCCUGAGCAAGAAGAUAAUCUUUUCGUUACAACGGUUAGUCUACCGAUCCAGCAUCCCAUACUCUCGCGACACUACUAUGGAACAACCAUUAACCAUCCCCAGCAUCCGCACAAUAAAAGCCCCUAUCCCCGCCCCAAUCGCCAAAGAGACCAAAACCCGCUUCGACCAAAUCUCCACCCUCUUCCAGAACGUCAUCCCCGACGUUACCGGCCUCAACAGCUGGCGCUACCAGCGCCAACUCAGCGGCGCCAUCCAGGAAUUCAUCGAAGCCCUCUCCUUCAACCACUACCUACAGACCCAAACCCUCAUCUCCCACGCCGAAGUCGUCAAGCACGUUCCCGCUGAGAUCCUCGUCACGGAGGAAGAUUACCUGUUGGGCUUGUUCGAUCUGACGGGUGAAAUGAUGCGGUUUGCGAUUACGUCGCUGUCGACGGGGACGGGCGCGCAGGGGCAGGCGGAUAGCGGGGGCGACGAUCUAGCGGCGCGGGAUAUUUCUGGCACUGGUGCGAAUCAGAAUCUGCCGAAGCUGCCGGCCACGCAGGCGGGCAUCGUGGUUGAUUUGAGGGAGAUGCGGUCCUCGUUCGAGUUGCUGAGUGUGCCGCGGCGGCAUGCGAAUAAUAUGUUCCGAGAUAUGGGGAAGAAGGUGGAUGUUAUGCAGAAUAGUGUGGAGAAGGUUGAGCGGGCUGCGUAUGGGAUCUUGGUGCGUGGUAGUGAGCGGCCGUCCGGGUGGACGCCGGAUCUGUCGGCGCCGGUUGAUAUGGAGGUUUAUUGAUUACUGCUGCGCGGUACAACAGAUGUGGAAUGCACCACAUCUUUAAAAAAGAUCAUCGGGUUACCAUGUAGGGUACUACCAACAGUCAUGACAUUCUC